CUCGGGCUAUGGACUCACCGCGAGGUCCUCAUGGUGAUGGACGAAGCAGCAUGGAACUAUCCGGACAAUAUAUCUAUGCUUUGACGCUAUGCGGCAUUCUUCUUAUAUUGUACAUAGUGCGGCAGGUACUGCCAGUCGCCUACACCUGGUGUCGGAUACUCUUUCUCCUGUUCCUCCGGUUGUUCAGCUACACCUUUGUCAUUCAUCGUCAUCGAUGGUUAGGACCCUGGACGAUUGAUCUCAUCGCCAGCCGGACUCUUUAUCUCAUAGCCAAUCUCUUAUGUCUGCUCAUGCCGUCAGUAUCGCGUGCAGAGCUAGCAUCGCGAGCUGGCUCGUUAGCGGCCAUCAAUAUAACACCACUUUUCUUGUCCAUUCACCUAGACUUUCUGGCUGAUGCCUUUGGCCUGCCACUGAAAACAAUACAAGAGGCACAUAGGUCGGCAGGGGUGAUGACCUUCGCGCUACUGACUCUCCAUGUCUGUCUCUUGGUCGACCUCGAAGCGGUACCCGGGCUGUACGUGAUGAUGGCGUCCAUGUCGGCGGCAGUCAUGGUGCUUCUUGGCAUGACACCGCUCAGGAGGCGAGUACAUGAGCUUGCAGAUAAGACUCACAAAGCACUGGCGAUAACUAUGGCCUUUUCCACAUGGCAGCACAUAAGCACGAUCACUCAUGUGCACCGGUGGCUGUUAUACACCGCAGCUGGAGUGAUCUGCCUGGUCCACGCGGUGCAGGUCUGUCUGUUCUUGCGCAGGAAUGUAUGCUGGGGCAAACCAUUCCCGAGAGCACAUGUCACGAGUGAUGGGAGCAUAGUCAGAAUAGUGCUGUGCUUGCCACGUCCAGUGAAGAUCGAUGCCGGACAAUAUAUCAGCCUAAGCAUGAUAUCUUCCACGAUCGGGUUCUGGUCGUGGGUGCAAAGCCAUCCAUUCACGAUCACUUCGUGGUCUCUGAGGAGGCAGGAUGAACUAGAACUUUGUGUUCAGUGCCGCAGCGGACUAACACUACGACUUCUACAGUCGGGUGAGAGAACCUUUCUCGCAUUCUUCAGCGGCCCUUAUGGGAGGUCGCAUUCCCUGAAGGCGGCCAAGUCAAUACUCAUGUUGAUGACGGACUUCGGCAUCGUGGCGGUCUUACCAUACCUGAAGAAGAUCACGGUCAACUACGAAUGCCGCGUCCACAUGGUCUGGCACGUGAAGAGGCUCAGCGACUUCGCUCCACUAGUCACCUUGUUGAAUGAAUAUCUGCGAGACCACACGCUUAGAAAUGUGAGACGUAUUUUGCAGAUCUCCGUGUAUAACGAGCGUGGAGUACACAACGAAGGCUUUGGGUAUCAUGGUCGUGUGAACAUGUUGGCUUGCGCGCCAGAUAUAGCAGAUAUCAUGAAGAGCGAAAUUGACGGGGGAUUCAUCACGGAGCUUGGCUUAUCUUCGCAUACCCCUCACGCCGGCUUGGAGGGCACAUCUCCACAUCCCACCGAUCACGCCUCGCUACGAGAAUCUCAAGUGCGGUACAAAGCAGACUGCAGUCACAUCCUCGUACUUGUGUCAGGAUCACAUGUGCUUCGCGACACGACACGAAAACUGGCAGGGCGAUAUUUGAGCAGAGGCUUGGUUUUGAAGGAGCUAGACUACCAGCAAGAGUAAUUGAGAAGUAUAUCUCUGUUCACUAAGUGCCAUAGAGUCUGGCACGCCGGCAGGGCUCUGCGAAGCCUUGCACGUUUAUGGGAGCCAUGCUCAUCUUCCCUUCAGACGAGCACGUCGGUCCUUUGCUGCAGUGUUCACAAGCAGACUGAUCAGGAGGGCUAGACCAGCGACUGCUGUGAAAAACCCAAAUACCGACAUAAUCGCAAGCUAAUCUCAAUCGUACCAAAUGCCUUCCUCGCCCACACGCCUGAGUACCACCUGAGCUAUACCCACAUCGCGACUGAGCCCAACUGAGC